AUGCUUGAUAUCCUCAUUGUCAAUGACAAUGCUUCCUUCGCUUCAAGUGAUACCUUCUCUACUCAAGAUUCGAUACAACAACCACAACAUCCACUCCGUCGAAAAAACACAGUUUCCCAGCUCACAAGACGGGUGUCUACAAAAAUUUCUCAAAAAAUGCUCGGAGCCGGGGUUCAAGAACUGAGCGAAAAGAACCUCAAGGAUCACAACAAGGCAGCAGAUAUCGGUUCACACAACCUAUCCUCGCCAGCACAUCAGGUUCAUGAGGUUACAAUGUACGACUCUAUUCACGAAGAGAUCGAGGAGGAAUGCCCUGUCUUUGACGCAGAAGCUGCGAGAGAGAUGCGUCUUCAUCAGUCAUACGCUACAUUCUGUGAAAACUUUACAUUAUCAGGGAUAAAAAGGGCCAGUAAGAACUUCGACUUAUCAACGGAGAUGGAACGGGCAGAGGAACAUACACAAUCCUCUCACACGGAUCAGACUGUCAAAGACAACGACACGUCUGAAUUUUCGGGUUCUCAUGCCUAUCCCGAGCACAUAACGGUCCAUUCAAGGCCCAGACAAAACACAGUCACAUUCCCAAUAUCAUGUCCAACUACAGAUCUUGAGGAUAUACCCAUACCGCACUCAGCAACUGUCGAGAAGCCCUCUUCAGCAUGGCUAGCCACAGACACGCCAAGGGUCGAAGAAGAUUUCAACAGGAUCAGUUCAAGUUUUGAGAUAACGCCCGACUCCAACCACCUCCAACCACCACCUCUCAUCAUCACUCCAACCGUCUGGAUGGACAUGCAGCGCAAUGAGAGAGAACAGAAAGCAGCUCAACGGCAGAAACUCCUAAACCCAUUUCGGUCAUGGUUUAUGACAAGUCGGCCCUUGUGGGGGCAGCGAUAUGAAGUUGCUGAAUAA